GUUUUGAAAGAGCAAAGCGCCAGAGAGCUACUAUUUUAUAAAAUGGUAAAAAUACCUGGCAUAUAAAAAUUUGCGCUGUGUUUGGCUUGGCAGAAAGAGGAAUAAGGUUUUUGAAGGUUCGAGAGCCACGGUGAACGACUUGUACGAAAUCGGCUCAAGAGUUCAAAAUGACAGCCAAAGCCAUCGUAUCUGCUGUUGUGGGAUCAUUUGCACUUGCUUGGGCAUUUGAUCACUUUAUUGCAGACAAGAAGAUAUUCGGAGGUACUACCCCAUCGACCGUUGCAAGAAAAGAAUGGUGGGAAGAAACUGACAAGAAGUUUCAGGCAUGGCCUCGGACUGCAGGUCCACCGGUGGUCAUGAAUCCCAUCAGUCGCCAGAAUUUCAUUGUCAAGUCCAGCACUGAACAAUGAAGUUUUCCUCAUUUUCUUAAUUUGCUCCUACUUUAGUGGCUUUGCCUCUACACUGAUUCAUAAACAUAUUGUUUAGCCUGGAGAGUAUUCUUAAAGUUGGGGAUGCUAUUUCAGAUUAUAAUGGCUGUUUUGCCCCUUUAUAUCUGUGUGAACUGCUUGGUCGUUGUUGGUCUGAUAAUGCUGAUAAUGCUGUGAACCUUGUUUUAAAUUAAUAAGUGUUGAAAUCAAUUUUUUUUCUUA